GGGUUUUUUUGCUUGAAACCCAAAAUUAAGGUUCACAAAGCAAAUCAAGAAGAAGAAAAAAAAGGUACUUUUUUCAUACAUGGAUUGCAAUUCAGGGAGAUCUGGUGAUGGAGAUAGUGGACUCAAAGAAGAGAAAAGAAGUGAACAUAGUAAUAUUGGUGAUGAUAAAAGUCAUCAUCAUAAGGAAAUCAUUGUCGAGGAACCACCCGUUGUUAAUACACAAAGAUCAAUGGUAGAAGCUGGACCAAGCGCAUCUUCGGCCAAAAAUGAUAAGGAGCCACGUCACAUGCAUCAAUUAUUGGUUUGCAAUUGUAUACAGGCUGAUGAUGAGCUUAAGACAACAAAAGCCCAAAUGAGUGAAGUGAGAGAAGAAAAUGAACGGUUAAAAAUGUGCCUGAACAAAAUAAUGAAUGAAUACCGAACAUUGGAAAUGCAAUUUCACAAUAUGGUUAAGCAAGAAACAAAAAAGAACAGUGUUGAUGAUAACCAUAAUAAAGAAAUAAUAGUGGAAUCAGAUCUUGUUUCCCUCAGCCUUGGAAGAGUUCCUAGUAGUAAUCCAAGAAAUGAAGUUAACAAAGUCUCAAAACUAGCAUUGAAUAAUAAUGAUGAAGAAUUUAAGGAAGAGUUGUCUCUUGGAUUGGAUUGUAAAUUUGAAACAUCAAAAUCAGGUAGCACAAAUGAAGGAUUACCAAAUAUUUCAAGUCCAAUAAAUAGUUCUGAAGUUCCAACAAAAGAAGAAGAAGGUGGAGAGACUUGGCCACCAAGUAAGACACUGAAUAAGAUGGUGAGAGAUACAGAGGAUGAAGUUGUUCAACAAGCGCCUCCUAAGAAAGCUAGAGUUUGUGUUAGAGCAAGAUGUGAUACUCCAACUAUGAAUGAUGGAUGCCAAUGGAGAAAAUAUGGACAAAAGAUUGCAAAGGGGAAUCCAUGUCCUCGAGCUUACUAUCGUUGUACAGUUGCACCAUCAUGUCCAGUAAGAAAACAGGUGCAAAGAUGUGUUGAUGACAUAUCAAUUUUAAUCACAACCUAUGAAGGAACACACAACCACAACCUUCCUUUAUCAGCAACAGCAAUGGCUUCCACAACUUCUGCAGCAGCUUCCAUGCUAUUAUCAGGUUCAUCAACCUCCAAUUCAGCUUCAUAUUCAUCAACACCUUCCAACAACAAUCUCCAUGGCCUAAACUUUUACCUACCAGAUGGUUCAAAAUCAAAUCAACUAUACAUAUCAAACCCUGCACUUUCAUCACAACAUUCUCAUCCAACUAUCACACUUGACCUCACUUCAAAUCCAUCAAACUCUUCCAUUUCAUCUCCCUUUGUUAGAUUCAAUUCAAACUACAAUAAUAACAACCAAGCAAGAUACCCUUCUUCCACAAGUCUGAACUUUAGUUCACCAGAAACAAACACAAUGCAUUGGAAUAAUAGCUUCCUCAACUAUGCUACACAGAAUCAAUCAUAUAACAACAGGAACAAUAAUCUAAGCACUUUAAACUUUGGUAGACCAAAUACAAUGGAAAGUAUAUACCAAUCAUACAUGCAAAAAAACAACAAUUCAAACAUUUCUCAACAUGGUUUACAAGAUAGUACUAUAUCUGCAGCAACAAAAGCAAUUACAGCAGAUCCAAAUUUUCAAUCAGCUUUGGCUGCAGCACUUUCUUCACUUAUUGGAAAUACUCAUCAAGGGAAUCAGAAUCAAAGUGUUGGUGAAAAUUUGAGCCAGAAAAUGAAAUGGGCAGAGAUGUUUCCAUUUCCAAUGUCUUCUUCCACUUCAUUGGCUUCUUCAAGUUCUAAAGUGAAUGGUUGUGGUUCGAGUUUGUUGAACAAAACGCAGGUUGAUGCGCAAAUGGGAAGUUUUAUGUCAUUAUCUACAACAAAAAGUGCUUCUGCUUCUCCUGCUGAUAAUAGUGAUAACACCGAUUAAUGCCUGAUUAUUUAUUUUUCUAUAUUUCUAGAGAUUUUUUAUUUUUAAUUUUUUUGGAUUGGAUUGAUGUAAUUAAUUAAGGAACUUAAUUUAAGUGUACAAUUUUUGUAUUUUAUUUUAUGGAAAUUGAAAUAUUAUGUUUUA